CAGAGCCAACGCCAUCACAACGCAGCGGCUACGGCGAGCAGCACGGCGACAGCAGGGCCACCAUAGCAGCGCAGUUCUUUUAUUACUGUCACAUUAUUUUAUAAUAACGACCAUGGAAUACAGCGCCGCGGAUUAUUAGACGUCUCUGAACUGGGCCUCUGUUUUGGUGGCGCACAACGCAAUGUGGAGGAAAUAAAAAUCCUGAUACGCUGAAAACCAGAGAUUAUAGAUAAUGGGCUGUGUGCAAUGCAAGGAUAAGGAGGCAACCAAACUCACAGAUGACCGAGACAACAGCAUCUCCCAGGGAGCGGGCUACCGCUACGGGGCCGACCCCACGCCACAGCAUUACCCCAACUUCGGGGUCACCGCCAUCCCCAACUACAACAACUUCCACGCUCCUGUAGGACAGGGGAUGACCGUCUUCGGGGGAGUUAGCACUUCCUCACACACUGGAACGCUGAGGACUCGUGGUGGGACAGGAGUCACCCUCUUUGUGGCACUUUAUGACUACGAAGCACGGACAGAAGAUGACCUCAGCUUCAAGAAAGGAGAGAGGUUCCAGAUUAUCAACAGCACUGAAGGGGACUGGUGGGAUGCUCGCUCCCUCACUACCGGUGGCAGCGGCUACAUUCCCAGUAAUUACGUGGCUCCAGUGGACUCUAUCCAGGCUGAAGACUGGUACUUUGGUAAACUGGGCCGUAAGGAUGCAGAGAGGCAGCUACUGUCCACUGGCAACCCUCGAGGCACCUAUCUCAUCCGAGAAAGUGAAACCACAAAGGGUGCCUUCUCCUUAUCCAUACGGGACUGGGAUGAUGUGAAAGGCGACCACGUCAAGCAUUAUAAGAUCCGAAAGCUGGACAGCGGCGGCUACUACAUCACCACCAGGGCUCAGUUUGAUACACUGCAACAGCUGGUUCAGCACUACUCGGAUCGAGCUGCGGGGCUCUGCUGUCGCUUAGUGGUUCCUUGCCACAAAGGCAUGCCCCGCCUCGCUGACCUGUCUGUCAAAACCAAAGACGUGUGGGAGAUCCCACGGGAGUCGCUGCAGCUGAUCAAGCGUCUCGGGAAUGGGCAGUUUGGGGAGGUCUGGAUGGGAACGUGGAAUGGCACCACUAAGGUGGCAGUGAAGACUCUGAAGCCUGGCACAAUGUCCCCGGAGUCCUUCCUGGAGGAGGCUCAGAUCAUGAAGAAACUCCGUCAUGAUAAGCUGGUGCAGCUUUACGCCGUCGUGUCUGAGGAGCCCAUUUACAUCGUCACAGAGUACAUGGGCAAAGGAAGCCUACUGGACUUUUUAAAGGACGGAGAAGGACGAGGGCUCAAACUGCCUAACCUAGUGGACAUGGCAGCACAGGUGGCAGCAGGCAUGGCCUACAUCGAGAGGAUGAACUACAUCCACAGAGACCUACGCUCUGCCAACAUCCUGGUGAGUGACAACCUGGUGUGCAAGAUCGCCGACUUCGGCCUGGCGAGGCUCAUCGAGGACAACGAAUACACAGCUCGACAAGGUGCAAAGUUCCCCAUCAAGUGGACCGCCCCAGAGGCUGCCCUGUAUGGGAAGUUUACCAUCAAGUCAGACGUGUGGUCGUUUGGCAUCCUGCUGACGGAGCUGGUCACCAAGGGUCGGGUGCCUUACCCAGGUAUGAACAACCGUGAGGUUCUGGAGCAGGUGGAGCGGGGCUACAGGAUGCCGUGCCCACAGGACUGCCCCAUCUCCCUGCAUGAGCUGAUGCUGCAGUGCUGGAAGAAGGACGCAGAGGAGCGGCCAACCUUCGAGUACUUACAGGCCUUCUUGGAAGACUACUUCACAGCCACCGAGCCUCAGUACCAGCCUGGGGACAACCUCUAACCCACCCCCGUGUCUCUCUUUCUCUCUCUGUCUCUUGCUCUCUCUGGGUCAGCUCGAGGCUUGGACAUAAUCAGUUAUAGCAAUGCUGAAAAAAAAAACAAAAACAAAAAAAAACUCUGGAGCCUUCCCAGCCUGGCCUUUUUAUGUUAGGGAUGUGUACAGCUUCCUCGGCUCAACUUGAGCAUUUCAGUUUCAAUACCAGUCCCUGAAGACACCACCCUCAGUCUCCGAAACACCCGCCCGGCCUCUGAACUCUGCGGAUGCCGCAGUCAACAAAGCUGAUGGACAGAGUGCGCUGGGGUCGUGCUAAUGCAAUUACUUGUAUUCAGUGUAAAUAAGAGAAGCUUGUUUUAGUUUGUCUGCUUCAGUUUCAGA